CAGUCAGCGAGCGAUCGUCACCAGACGUGGUGAUCACCUGCGGCCGCUGAGACCUCCGUCGUCUGCUCGCUGUACAGCUGAGACUGCUACCGUUCGAACUUGGGGCAGCCUCACGCACAGACCGUCUCGUGCGAGCUCAGACUGCACUGGCAAAGUUCGAGGCCGACCCAGUCUCACGCUUGCUGCUGACACCAGCGACGCCUGAGCGAUAACGAGCCGAAGCAGAUCAUGGGCCUGCUCUCCAAGCUGUCCUCGGGGAGCGACAACAAGUUCAAUGGCAAGGCGAACAGAGCCAGCUCUGCGCCGCCGGUGGGCAGCAUGAGCAGCUACACAGGCGGCAACAGCCUUGGCGAAAGAGUCUCACCCCGUCCCUCGACACUCAUGCGCACACCUUCGGACGAGCGUGCCCUGUCGAGGAACGUCUCAAUCACCAGCUCGAACGGCGGCGGGGCUUUCCAGCCUACGCUGGCGCCUAUUCCCAACGGACGACCUGUCAGCAUGUCAGCAGCCCCCAAUAGCAAUGGCUCAACGCUGUCGUCUGAGUUCCCGCCCGCUCCUGAGAAGCAGGCCAAAGAGAAGCGACGGAUGUCUGCUCUGGCAGGUCUGACGGGUGCCAAAUCGACGCCCUCUGCUUCCAAGACUUCAUCACGAAACCAGAGGGCGGGCUCUGCGCCAUUAGAAGCGAUCAAGCAGCACGAUGACUCCCUCGCGCCCCCUACAUACACCGGCAAUGGUCGUACGCCGAAGAGCGCGCUCAAAUCGUCUACAGCAGUCAGGACGGUCGCCUCGGCCAACGACAGCAAAAUGUCAUCUCCCGCCAAUGCUACCUCGACCCUUCCUCGAGAUCAGCCAUCGGCACGAGCCGCAUCAGUGGCAAAGCCAGCCUUAGCGGCGCCUGCCGUCCCGACCACCAACGGCGCUUCUGCAUCCCCCGAGCUGCCAAAGACGUUCUCACUGUCUGCGCUGGGCUUCAGUGGCGGCUCGGGCUCGCAAUGGGGCAAGUCCACCUUGCCAGGCAACCUGAAAGAGGAGGACGAGGAAUCAGUUCUCGAAGAACAUCCCAUUUCUGAAUCAGAUUCAGACGGCGGUCAGACAGACUACAUGUCGACCAAAGGUGACAUGACAGAUGAUGAUGCCUCCUCUAUAGAGUACGACCACGACUUUACCGACGAAUCUUCCGCCGAGCACAGCGGCACUGGGUCAUCUGGAAGUGCAGAGGUAGAGCAUCAUGAAGACGCACCGCCGCCUAAAGAGCCUACCGCAGUAGAAGCCGUCAUUGCUGCCGUUGCCCCGACUCGAAAGAACAAACCUUUGCAUAGGCUUACGCAAGAAGAUGUCGCUCUGACCGAAGCCGAGAACGCUCAAGAUCUUCUGCACGUGUGGAAAGCGAUGCACCUCUUCAUGAACAGUCGCAUGAUAGAAGCAGAGGAUAUCUGUCUAGCCGCUGCCGAUCAUCGCCUCUACUUUUCUGUCGGCUACUCGCUCAUCCAAAGCAUGAAGGCUCUCAUCUCUUUCGAGCCAGAAGAUAUGGAAGCUGCCAUACAGUGUUGCCGUGACAGCUUGGUCAUCACUAAUCUUUUGCGGAAGAAGGACAGCGGCAUCAUCAGCGGGAUCGGCAAACUCGUCCGAGGGUCGAGCAGCGUCUCUGUCAUUCGUUCAAUGACGGUCGUCGAGCGACAUGCCGAGCUCAUCUUCGCCGAAUGCACGCUACUCAAAUCAAUUCUUGGCAUCAUCUACUCUGGCGAUUUUCUAGCUUUCUUGAAAGAGGCCAUGAAUUUGCGAAACGGUACAUUCAUCUACAAGUAUCUCAUGCAGUAUCUCGACGCCAUGGACGCAGAGGCGGGCGGGUUCGAUGCCUCAAUUGACCAGGAUCUGCGUUCGGGCAUAUACCUGGGCAAUGGCAUUACCAUGAUGAUUCUGUCUUAUCUACCUACAAAGGUCACAAAGGCACUCGAGCUCUUUGGCUUUUCAGGCGACGGCGAUGCAGGUCUCGUCGUCCUCGAGAAGGCCGGUGGUUGGCGCAAAGAUCCGGAAGCAAAGCAGCCGCUCAUUGGGGUUCAGCAAGAGGGCAUUCGUCGAAUCAUCUGCGACCUCUGUAUCUUGUUCAACCAUUUGCUCAACGCUGCUUAUCUGCCCAUCAAGAACGUCGACAUUGGCAUGGCUUCAAAGAUCAUCGAGUUCAACAUUGCGCGCUAUCCGGAAGGCUUCUUCUUCCUCUACUUUUCUGGGCGACUCGCCUUCACACAAGCCCUAUCAGAGACGGCAUUGCGGCAAUUCAAAGCCACGAACAAUGCGCAAAGAGAAUAUGUACAGAUUCAGCACAUUUGCCACUGGGAUAUGGCGCUCGUCAACCUAGGUCUGGGAGCAUAUGAGCGAUCAUAUCAAAGCUUCAACAUCCUGAGCAAAGAGAGCAAUUGGUCCAAAGCGAUCUACGCAUACGCACGCGCAGUUGCAUUAUACGAGUCGGACCCCGCCAACGCGCCAGAAGCCAUCAAAAUCAUGCAGGGCGUGCCAGGCAUGCGACAGCGUAUCGCUGGCAAGACUAUUCCACUCGAAAAAUUCGCAGGCAAGAAGGCGCAACGCUUCAUCGCGCAAGGUGGUCGCCUGCUGUGCCCUGCGAUCGAAAUGACCUAUUUCUUUAAUGCGCUUCCGAAUGCGCCUCGUUUUGCACUGUUCGGUGUCCACCUCGACGCGAUCAGCAAAGCGCUCGCUGAUCUUCGAGCGGUGAAGACGCCUGCAAGCUACGGCACACAGAUGGAAUACUGGGACGAUUUCUGCUACGCUCACUUCUUCCGUGGUGUACUCUUGCGACUGAUUGCGCACCCCGAGCCUCACCAUGUCGUGCGGCCUGCUGAAUGCCCUAUCGCUCCCGAAGAAGCGGACACGCAAGCUCUUGUCUCCUUCCGCAAUGUCCUCAAACAUGGCAAAGAUCUUCGAUACGAUCAUCACCUGGUCCUCUUUGCACACUACGAGAUCGGCCGACUGUAUGACUGUCGCGGCGAGUACGCUGCGGCGAUACAACAUUUCGACAUGGUCAUGACUGGCAAAGGUCUCGAGCUGAGCAAGACGCGAACAGGCAAAGUGAGCAUGCACAGCAUGGCUGUCCUUCGCACUAGCAUGGCGCGAAGCAAUACGAUCAAGGCUAUGAAAGCUGCGAAGCAAAGUAUCAGCUCGUAUUAGGCUUGCGCACAUUUAUUUAUCGCCGCUUCCGUAUGUAAGCAGUACUGUUGCAUGCACUUUUUCUUGGUUGUACAACAACACAUGCACGGAGCAUGCGCAUCUAGUCAUCA